AUGGCAUCUCUGGCGCAACAACGCUCCUACCGGAACCGCCCGAUCGAAGUCACGCAGCAACUCUCCAUCGUGCGAGAUCCGAACGCGAUCGCGGAGGACCAAAUCGUCUCUCGAGAGGUCUCGCACGCGCACAAGCAACUGGACAAAGAGAACGAGGAAGUGUUAACGAAAGAAAACGAAAAGACGAAACAACAAGAAAUUCCAAUACCGGAAGUUUUGAAAGUCGGUUUAAGGUACGAGAAAGAUUAUAAACCGAGUUACGAACAGGACGAGAGGUAUUUACGGUCUCGAGCGACGGCGGGGAGACCGGAGUUGGAAACGCCGACGACGGCGGACGGGGUGGAGUACGAUUUGGAUAACGACGACGAGGAUUGGCUGAAGAAGUAUAACAGCAGUAAGAAAGAAUCCCACGUGCCGUUGGACGAGGACGAUUUCGAGAGGAUGUUGUGGAAAUUGGAGUUGGCGUGCGGCGAGGCGAACGAGAGAGUUUUGGCGGUGACCGCGCAGCAAGCGCAGGAGAAAGGAAGCGCGUUAUCGUAUCAAGAUCGGUGCGCGGCGUUGGCGAGCACGUCGAAUUUACCGAAAGAUAGCGCGGUGGAAGUUUUAGCGGAGAUUGUGAAUAAGCAAUCCGUCAUCGUCGCCGUGUACGAGUAUUGGGUGGAGAAGAGAAAGAGUACGCAAAAGCCGUGUUUGAGGAGGUUGCAGCCGCCUCCGGCGCCGAACGAUACCAAUCCGUUCAACGUGUUUCGUCCGAGAGAGAAGAUUCACAGACCGCAAACGAGAAGACGAAGAGAAAACGACGUCGCUGGUUACGAGAAACUUUUACGCGCGAGGGAUAGUUUGGUCGUCGCCAGAGCGGCGUUGCAGCUGACGCAGAGAAGAGAAACUCGUAAGCACGAAAUUUUCGAGGUGGAACGCGCCGCGCAAAAGUUAUUGAUUGAUUUGAGGCACGAACCGAAAUCGGAGAUGGAGAGGAUAGAAAAAGAGGCGAAGAAAGAAGACGAAGAGAGAGCGAAGAAAGAGUUGCCAGAGUUACCGAUCAAAGGGAAGAACGUGGCGUUGUGCGACGGCCACUUGGAGAUUUUCAAGGCGAACGAUAACACCUGGGCGAUUGUCACCGAACCGGACGAGAGCGAAAUCAUAGCCGCGAAUAAACGAGAGAAGCAAGCGUUGUUGAAUAAAAACAAGAGAAGUCGACAGCAAAAAGAAGCCGAGGAUGCCAAGAAACACAAAGCCGGGAAAGAGGUGGUUUUAUACGAACCUCCGCCGGAGAUUCCAGACAUCGAGAUGUUGUUCGCGAAAAUCCCGUUAGGUUCCGCUUUGAGACGGUUCCAGUUACCGUUGGGGCAGUUGAAGGAGAGAUGCAAAGCGAGAGUGGGUAGGUGCGGAAGAGUUAUAUUCGAUCGAAAAGAUCCAAUCAGCCGAGAGGCGUAUUAUUGCGAAGAGGACGACGAAGGCUCGUUCGAUUUGAAUAAUCAUCAUAGUAAUAAUGUCACCGACGAUUGGCAGGCGAACUUCGAUCCUUACGCCUUUCUCUAUUAG